GAAAUUUUUGCAAUGAUUACGACGUCCAAUUAAUUACAUUUCUUUAAUAUGACAUCGAUAGGACAUCGAUUUUUUAUAAAAUUAUGUAGAAAUAGCUUGUCAUCGCGAAUCAUCGCUACAAAAUUCAGCAAUGUAGCUGUCGAAGAAAAUGCGAAAAAUGUCGCUCCGGUUUCGCAGCCGGGAAAAAUUCAAGCUGCAUUAUUAAAAGAUUUUUCCGGUUCUCUUGUUAUAGAGAAUCUGGAGUCACCAAAAAACGUACAAGCUAAUGAAGUUCUCAUUGAUGUUCAUUAUUGUGCAUUAAACACUUCCGAUACGCUGCUCAGUAAAAAUUUGUAUACAUUUGAGCCUAAAUUACCAAUAAUUCUGGGUUAUGAAGUUGUUGGAAAACUGGUUGAAGUUGGUACAGAAGCAGAGAAGAAUGGCUACAAAAUUGGUGAUAAAGUCAUUGCUCUUAACAAGGAAAGAUAUGGAGGUUUGGCCGAGAAAUGCCUGGCAGAAAUUGGAGAUAUAUGGAAAGUACCUUCUGUGAUAAAUUCUGUAGAUGCUGCGAGCACUUUAGACAACUAUAUUACUGCUCUGGUUGCGCUAGAGAGAAAAGUCAGUAUAGAUGAAGAUGAUAUGAUCUUAAUAAAUGUUGGAAUAAGCGGUAUUAGUCUUGCAGCAAUAGAUCUUGCAACAAAUGUCUUUAGAGCAAAGGUCAUUGGAGUAUGUGCGACUGAAGAUGGAGCAGAUCUGGCUCGAAAGAAAGGAGCAUUUGCAUCCCUUAAAUACAAAGAUAAGAAAUUAUUAAAGCAAAUAGAGGAAAUUGCUGCCGAACGAGACAUCAAAGCUAUUUUUGACGAUGUGGAUGGAGAAUAUUUCAAGAAAGUGUUGGAAUGCUUUACCAAUGUCUACAAAGAUGCAACACUAAAGGAUUUGCUGCGCGAUGACAAUUUCGCUGUGGUGGUGCAUCAUUUGUCUCGCGAAGGGCGCAUAAUCAUAGCUGGCACAGCGACAACUAUGACGAAUUCUCAUUCGGAGGCGCAGAAAGGUUCCUUCAGUAUUACUGGUUUUAAUCUCACCGAAUAUAAAAAGAGAAAGCCUGACGUAUAUCGUCAAGCAGGAGAUGAAAUUUUACAAUUCCUUGAAGAAGGGCUUAUUACACCAUCUUGCUCGUUAAUUGUUGGCUUGCAUAAAAUCAAUGACGCGUUGCAGUUUAUUUCCGAAAAUAAAUCUCCAGGAAAAGUUGUAAUCGACAUCAGGAACAAGGAAGCUGAUGCAGUAAAAGUGACGAAAUAAAUAAAUUUAUAUGUAGUGAUAUAUUUUAUACAUUAUAUUAGGAUAAAUGUUAUUAUAUAAAUGGAAA